GGCCCAUCCUUUUCCUCUCCGGGUCUAACGCUCUGCCGAAGCUUCUGAGGACUUCUCUGGCGCGGGGCAUUGUGGGGUAGCUGGGCGGCCGGUACAGCCGAAGAGAAGAGUGGCGGGCCACUGAACAGCUCAAGAUGAUGCCCACACCAGUUAUCCUGUUGAAGGAGGGAACUGAUAGCUCCCAGGGCAUUCCCCAACUUGUGAGUAAUAUCAGUGCCUGCCAGGUGAUUGCUGAGGCUGUAAGGACCACCCUCGGUCCCCGUGGCAUGGACAAGCUGAUUGUGGAUGGCCGAGGCAAAGCAACUAUUUCUAAUGAUGGGGCCACAAUUCUGAAACUCCUUGAUGUCGUCCAUCCUGCGGCGAAGACUUUAGUGGACAUUGCCAAAUCCCAAGAUGCUGAGGUUGGUGAUGGCACCACCUCCGUGACGCUGCUGGCUGCAGAGUUCCUGAAGCAGGUGAAACCAUAUGUGGAGGAAGGUUUGCACCCCCAGAUCAUCAUUCGAGCUUUCCGCACAGCCACUCAGUUGGCAGUUAACAAGAUCAGAGAGAUCGCUGUGACUGUGAAGAAGCAAGAUAAAGUGGAGCAGAGGAAGCUGCUGGAGAAAUGUGCCAUGACAGCGCUGAGCUCCAAGCUGAUCUCCCAACAGAAAGCUUUCUUCGCCAAGAUGGUGGUGGAUGCCGUGAUGAUGCUCGAUGACUUGCUCCAGCUUAAAAUGAUUGGAAUCAAGAAGGUGCAGGGUGGAGCCCUCGAGGAGUCUCAACUGGUUGCUGGUGUGGCAUUCAAGAAGACCUUCUCUUAUGCUGGGUUUGAAAUGCAGCCCAAAAAGUACAGUAAUCCUAAGAUUGCCCUUUUAAAUGUUGAGCUGGAGCUGAAAGCUGAGAAAGAUAAUGCUGAAAUCAGAGUACACACUGUCGAGGAUUAUCAGGCGAUUGUUGAUGCUGAAUGGAACAUUCUCUAUGAUAAAUUAGAGAAGAUCCAUCAUUCAGGAGCCAAAGUUGUCUUGUCCAAACUUCCCAUUGGGGACGUGGCUACCCAGUACUUUGCUGACAGGGACAUGUUCUGUGCUGGCCGAGUGCCUGAGGAGGAUCUGAAGAGGACAAUGAUGGCCUGUGGAGGCUCGAUCCAGACCAGUGUGAACGCUCUGUCAGCAGAUGUGCUGGGCAGCUGCCAGGUGUUUGAAGAGACCCAGAUUGGAGGCGAAAGGUACAACUUCUUCACUGGCUGUCCCAAGGCGAAGACAUGCACCUUCAUCCUCCGUGGUGGUGCUGAGCAGUUUAUGGAGGAGACGGAACGGAGCCUGCACGACGCCAUCAUGAUUGUCAGGAGGGCCAUCAAGAACGAUUCGGUGGUGGCUGGUGGCGGAGCUAUUGAGAUGGAGCUCUCCAAGUACCUGCGGGAUUAUUCAAGGACUAUCCCAGGGAAACAGCAGCUGCUGAUUGGGGCAUAUGCCAAGGCCUUGGAGAUCAUCCCGCGCCAGCUGUGCGACAAUGCUGGCUUUGAUGCCACAAACAUCCUCAACAAGCUGCGGGCUCGGCAUGCCCAGGGGGGCACGUGGUACGGAGUGGACAUCAACAAUGAGGAUAUUGCCGACAACUUUGAGGCCUUCGUGUGGGAGCCGGCGAUGGUGCGAAUCAACGCCCUCACAGCCGCCUCUGAGGCUGCCUGCCUUAUCGUGUCCGUAGAUGAGACCAUCAAGAACCCCCGCUCAACUGUGGAUGCUCCCCCGGCAGCUGGCCGGGGACGAGGUCGUGGCCGUGCCCAUUGAGGCACUCCACCCGUCACCUGACAAGCUGGCAGGCUGGCUGCAGGCACGCUUAUUCUCCCUGGCCUGGUUAAUCCGAGUUACAAGGAGGGGGUACUUGGCCCACUGUGUUCUCAUGGGACAUUAUUUAAAUAAAACUUAAGACUUAGAAUUA